AUGUCUCAGCUGGAAACUGCCAUGGGAAUGAUCAUAGCUGUCUUUGACAAGUAUGCAAGGACUGAUGGCAACAGGCAAACCCUCAGCAAAGCAGAGCUAAAGACCCUCCUGGAAAAAGAGUUCCCAAACUUCCUCGCGUCAGGGAAGGACAAGGAUGCUAUCGAUAGAGUCUUCAAGAACCUGGAUGAAAAUGGAGAUUCUCAAGUGGACUUCAAAGAAUUUGUCCUCUUUGUGGCAGCUCUGACUUGCUGCUGUCAUAAAUAUUUCGAGCAGAAUGCAGCCAAAUAGUUGUCAAAUUGCUCACAGAAGCUGUCUUUGCCUGUGCUCCAUAUGCUGGUGAUAUGGAUCCUUUCACUCCUUCCAUGUACUGCCAUGAAGUUUGCAAGCAGGCUGGGCUGUAAAAAUAAACUCUA